CUAACAGACAUGGCAAAGCAAAUUCUAGUUUGUGCAUUUGUUGCCGUGGCCCUGGUUGCCGCAAUUCAGGCGAGCGAUUUGAUCCUUGGCAACAUUACCACUGGUGAUCGCAUCUUGUACUCCGCCGUAUCGUCUGCUCCUGGCGUUCCGGGUGGACUUGUCAACCGUACGGUGAACUACAGUGGAAACUACAACAUCACCGCCAUUCGAGCGUACGAUCGCACGGCCAACAGAACCGGACAAGCGCACUUGGUGGGCGGUGGACUGUACCAGCGAUUCGCCAAUUUGGCCCUGACGACCCGUUACAUUGCAAACCCGCUGGACUACCUCGUUGAGAUCUACGGCCGAUAAGUCGAAUAUGAGCGAACCCUUGGUAGCCGAUUUUGAGCUUCUGCUACACGUGCUUUGCGAAACUAGUCCGUGCCCCCCUGUAUUCGUGAUCGCCUUAUCGUACAUUUUGAUUGAGAUGUUAGGAAAAAAACUGAGCCUGAUCUGUUAGUGUUUGCC